AUGAGUUCAGCAGAAGCGCCCGUACCAGCGUCGAAUACGGAAGCCAAAUUUGUGUCCAAAAUUAACAUGUCUAAUCCAAACCCUCUUCUUCAAACGAAAGUUACCAAAACUAUUGUGACAUCUCCUCAUAUUUAUAAACCCGUAGGACCAUACAGUCAAGCUAUUCUCGCUGGUAACACUCUAUAUGUGUCCGGAUUAUUGGGUAUGGACAGCCAGGCUCGCCUGGUCUGCGGCGGCGCGGAAGCACAGACCAGGCAGGCCCUGGAGAACUUGAAAAAAGUGUUGGAAGCUGGAGGAUCAUCACUACUGGCUGUUGUAAAAACUACCGUUCUGUUAGCGAACAUGGAUGACUUCCAAGUAGUCAACCAAGUUUAUGCUGAGUAUUUCACAAAGGACUGCCCCGCUCGGGCCUCGUACCAAGUCGCUCGACUGCCCCUGGGGGCUGCUGUUGAGAUAGAGGUUGUGGCUCUCAGCGGCGACCUCGUCAUAGCUGAGGCUGGCCCAUGUCCUUGCGCACGAAUCUAA